UUCAUAUCUCACAGACCAAAGCAAACGAACGAAAAGAUGCUUCAAUGGCUUGUUCAUUCCUCAAAAACUGUAAUAGCAAUAUCUCGUUCAGUCAUCAGCCCCGCAAGUGAUUCAUGUUUCCUCUUGUUCCACUCCUCAUCUAGGGAUCCGCCCCACGAACCAAAGCAACCUCAUUCGUCCCCUCCGCCAAUCGUUUCCCCUACACGAGUCCUCAAACUCAUAUCCGCCCAGUCCGAUCCUCUCCUCGCUAAGGAAAUCUUCGAUUUCGCAUCUACCCAACCUGGUUUUCGUCACUCUUACUCUUCUUUCCUUGUCCUCGUCCUCAAACUCGGCCGGUCCAAGCACUUCUCUCUCGUCGACGACCUCCUCGUUCGUCUUAAAUCCGAUCAAUACACUGUAACCCCAACUCUCUUUACUUACCUUAUCAAAAUCUACGCCGAAGCUGAUUUACCCGAGAAAGCUCUCACGGUGUUUUACAGAAUGCUUGAAUUCAAUAUCAAGCCUUUACCCAGACACUUAAAUCGCAUUCUCGAGCUUCUCGUUUCUCAUCGUAAUUUCAUCGUGCCUGCUUUUGACCUUUUCAAGAGUGCCCAUAAACACGGUGUUUUCCCCAACACGAAAUCUUACAACAUUUUGAUGGGUGCGUUUUGUUUGAAUGGGGACUUGAGUAUUGCUUACAAACUGUUCAAUAAAAUGUUUGAGAGAGACGUCGUGCCUGAUGUCGAGUCGUAUAGGAUAUUAAUGCAAGGGCUGUGUAGGAAGAGUCAAGUGAAUAAAGCAGUGGAUUUGUUGGAAGAUAUGUUGAAUAAAGGGUUCGUACCGGAUUCGUUGAGUUAUACUACUUUGUUGAAUAGUUUGUGUAGGAAGAAGAAGCUUAGAGAAGCUUAUAAACUUCUUUGUAGAAUGAAGGUUAAAGGGUGUAAUCCUGAUAUUGUGCAUUACAAUACGGUUAUAUUGGGAUUUUGUAGACAAGGGAGAGCUAUGGAUGCGGUUAAGGUUCUUGAGGACAUGCCUUCAAAUGGAUGUUUGCCGAAUUCGGUUUCGUAUCGGACUUUGGUUGCGGGGUUAUCUGAUCAAGGGGUGUUUGAUGAGGCUAAGAAGCUUAUGGAAGAAAUGUUGGUGAAGGGCUUUUCUCCGCAUUUUUCGGUUUCUCACGCCUUAGUUAAAGGGUUCUGCAAUGUUGGUAAGAUCGAUGCAGCUACUGAAGUGCUAGGGGAAAUGCUCAAGUAUCGGGAAGUACCGCAUAUCAAUACUUGGGUAACAGUAGUUCCAACAAUCUGUGAAGAUUAUGAACCAGAGAGAAUGGAGGAGAUUCUAGAAGAGGUUUUAAAGGUAGAAAUAAAAAGAAACACGAGAAUUGUGGAGGCAGGCAUUGGGUUGGAGGAUUACUUAAUUAGGAAAACAAGAUCUAGAUCAAAGUGUCCUUGAAUAGUAUCACAGAUAAUGCAGAUUUAUUGGCGAUAUAUAUAUA